CGGGGUUGCAGACUGUGGCAACAAUUGACCUGUUGACAAUUCAUACCACUCAGCACUUUCACUGGUCGCCGAGGCUUCUGUCAAUUUAUUUCACGCGCCCAGAAUCAAAGCCUCUCAUCACACAUUUGAAAUUGUGUAGCAACGCGCAGUUUUGUUUUUUGACUGGAUUCAGUCGUCGCCAAGAUGGACUUGCUCCCUUGGGUGUCAUGGCUCUUUGGCUGGGUUUACUUCACAUGCUGGAGCCUUUCAUUUUACCCACAGCCAAUACUGAAUAACCAACGACAGUCGACAACAGGGACCACAAUUGACUUUCCACUGUCCAACUGUCUGGGCUUCUUCUCUUACUUUAUCUACAACCUUGCUCUGUGCUACUCGCCCAUUAUCCGCAGCCAGUAUGCUGCGCGCAACCAUGGGCUUGAGCCAACCACGCGCUUCAACGACGUCGUCUUUUCUCUCCACGGGUUCAUCCUCUCUUGUGUCACGACGAGUCAGUACAUUCCUGGCUUAUGGACCGGGUUUGAACGCGCCCCCGUCAGCCAACGCCCGAGCCGCUGGAUGCUGGGCAUCAUCACCGGCUGCAUCGUAGGCGUCGCUGCCGUGUUCCUUUUUGUGGCCGGUAGGGAAGGCCCAGGCACGGACCCGGCGCGAGACUGGUGCUGGCUCGACGUUAUGUACGCCGUGAGCUACGUCAAGCUUAUUGUCACCCUCGUCAAGUACACGCCGCAGGUCAUAGUGAACCAUCGCAACAGGAGCACCAAGGGCUGGAGCAUCUCGCAGAUCGCCCUGGACUUUUCGGGCGGUCUCCUCAGCAUCGCGCAGCAGAGCAUAGACAGCUACCUGCAGCACGACUGGUCGGGUUUCACCGGCAACCCGGUCAAGCUGGGGCUUGCCAACGUAUCUAUGAUCUACGACAGCAUUUUCUUUGUGCAACACUACGUUCUCUACCCGUCGUCCACCUCAGCUAAGGGUCCCGAGGCCGAGGGGCUUUUGGGGCGUGACGAAGAGGAAAGGAGGCUGGACUAGACUGUAUCGUAGUACAUAUGUACAUAGGUGCCUGCUAUUUGGGUUCUACCUGCAUCUGUCCAUAGAUAUCAUUGCGUCGAGUCCAUUUCAGGGCUUAAUGCGGAGCAUAGCGCAUGUUCUCUGUGAGCAGCGAAACAUCAACGUCAGUUGUUGGCUAUCAGCAAACAUGAGAUACCUUUGAGACGCUCGCAAAGUCAUCAGGCAUGUCAUGGGUGAGUUUUUAGGAUGGAUUUCAAACAACAGGCAUUAUCACGACCAGCGGAGUAUAGAUUUAAAUUAGCCCAAAUUCCUGCUCAAUCCGAACUUUGUACAGUUCUGUACAGUAUGGUACAAGGCCAAGAUGGUGCGGUGAAGUAAGCAGAUCCCACGACGCCACAGAUCAUCAGUCAAUUCUAGAUAUUGAU